UUAUAUAUAAUAAAGAUAUGUAAAGAAUCUCUUUAAGCAUGAAUAAUUAUCACGCCCAAUCCCAAAACUUGCUGCAAAAUCUCUGCCUUCAAACAAAAUUUGAUAGAAAGGAGAUUCAAAUAUUGUAUCAGGGAUUUAAACAGGAAUGCCCUAACGGAGUAUUGAAUUUCAAUGCAUUCAAACAAAUCUAUGGAACCUUUUUCCCUGCAGGAAAUUCAACAAAAUAUUCGUAUUACGUAUUCAAAAGUUUGGACAAGAGUCGUACGGGGACAAUUGUAUUCGAGGAUUUUGCGAGAGAAUUGUCCGCCAUAUCGAAAGGAUCUUUGGAGGACAAAUUGAAGUGGGCUUUCAAGUUAUACGAUGUGAAUGGGGACGGAUUUAUAAGCAGGGAGGAGAUGACGUCCAUCGUCACUGCCAUCUACGAAUUAUUCAGUAAAUUCCCGGAAGAAUGCCGGGACAAAGUGAUGGGUGAUACGGAAAAUUUUAUCAAAAAUCACGUUGAAAGAAUUUUCCGGAAAAUGGAUUCGAAUAAAGAUGGGAAAGUGACCUCGGAGGAGUUCAUGAACGCUUGCAUAAAGGACAAGAAUCUAACAAAAUCGAUAGAAUACCUGAACACGAUAUUCGUUUAAUCUCCUCAAUUGACAAACUGAAAAUAUUUGUUUAAUAAUACCUAAUUUUCUUAUUAUUUAUCAUUAUUAUUAUUAUUAUUCA